GCCGGCUGCGGCGCGGGGGCCCAGCGUGGGGGGUAGGGCGAGUCAUAUGACCCGCUUGGCUUCCUGGCUCCGGCCGCCGCCGCCCGCCCGUGUCCGCCCGUGUCGCGCCGGGGCCCCGAAGAGCCGUUGGCGGGGUCCGGGCUGAAGCCCGCUGGUGUGGAAGUCUUCGUCGCCGUUGUCUCCCGCCGUCCCGUCCGCCUUCGCUCAGCGCCGUCAUCAUGCUGGCGCUCAUCUCCCGCCUGCUGGACUGGUUCCGCUCGCUGUUCUGGAAGGAGGAGAUGGAGCUGACGCUGGUGGGGCUGCAAUACUCGGGCAAGACCACCUUCGUCAAUGUCAUCGCGUCAGGUCAAUUCAGUGAAGAUAUGAUACCCACAGUGGGCUUCAACAUGAGGAAAGUGACUAAAGGUAACGUCACAAUAAAGAUCUGGGACAUAGGAGGACAACCCCGAUUCCGGAGCAUGUGGGAACGGUAUUGCAGAGGAGUCAAUGCCAUCGUUUACAUGAUAGAUGCUGCAGAUCGUGAUAAGAUAGAAGCCUCUCGAAAUGAACUACAUAAUCUUCUAGAUAAACCACAGUUACAAGGAAUUCCUGUACUAGUACUUGGAAACAAGAGAGAUCUUCCAAAUGCCUUGGAUGAGAAACAGCUAAUCGAAAAAAUGAACCUGUCUGCUAUUCAGGAUAGAGAAAUUUGCUGCUAUUCAAUUUCUUGCAAAGAAAAGGAUAAUAUAGAUAUCACACUUCAGUGGCUUAUUCAACAUUCAAAAUCUAGAAGAAGCUGAAACAUCUCCUGAAGUCUUCCAGUCCUUCUUGGCUAUAAUCCUAGAAUUAUUGUCCGUUCCUCUGAAGUACUUCCCAGAAUACGGUCCUUCCUAAACCCAAGAAAUUGCCUUUUUCAGAGUUUAUUUCUCAUGUGCACUGCUGAAGAUGUGUAUCCCUAAUCCUUCAUAAAGAAUCAGCUAGAGUUGUCAUGAUAAAGUCGGCAUACAUGAAAAGGCUUCUCACACAUAAUUGUCUUAAACAGUGUGUAGAGCUUUUUAAACACACACACACACAUACACACACACACACAUGACCAUCUUAAAUCAAGAAAAUCGCAUAUUUCCCAGACUGGUCUUUCUGGGCCAGUGUUUUAUAUUGGUUUUCAGUAAAUAUCUAUAAUAUUUCAUUAUAGAGUCCAGUAGCUUAAUAUUGAUAUGGACUUGAUACAGCAUGAAAUUUCUAGUGCCACACACAGUAUUUAGAAAACCUUUAAGCCUGACUCAUGUGAGAUAUAAACAUAAUGUUUAUCUUGUCUCACAAAUGCAUGUGAAAUGUAUAAUUACACCUUAGGAAUUAAAAAAUGGUCUGCAAAGCAGAGGCACCAGAUCAAUGUUGGUUCUUUAUACUGGAGACAUCCUACCUGGUGAAUUUUAAGAAUGUUCUGCUUUCUGAGAAUCUUAUCAGCAGAUGGCAGUGGGGACGUGGGAAGAAAUGAGCAUGCUGUUUUGUAUCUGUCCAGAUCAUUACUAUUUUUUUUCCUUUGAACACACUUUUUUAAGGGGUUGGGAAUUGAAGAUUUUCUCAAGCUUUCGUGAAUUUAGAGCAUUCCAACCAAUAUAAUAAAAUCUGUUAAGAAUGUCAGACUUGUUCAAACACCUGUUUGUUCUCCUGUCUCCAGUCAUUGACUCAGUGCUGCUGCGUGACACUGUGACUCCUGAUGUUUCAUAUCCAGUCACAACGUUGACUUUCAGCACAAGAGAUGCUUAUAAACAAAUAAAAUUCCUAUUUUUCUCUUACCAAUAUAAGGUUCGGCACUCUUUUGUCUGGUGCCAUUAGACAUCUUGAUUAUUGUGACAACUCUAGACCUGCCUGCUUUAUCUAAUGUAAUCCUGCGCAAUGUCUACAGGUUGUUUAAUAAUCAUACAGAACUGAGGCUGUCUUUUGUUUGCUUCUAUGAUACAGAAACGUAUAAAAACUGAAAAUGAACAUGUUUUGUAGCUUAGUGAUCUCCAUAUACAUAAAGGGACAUAUUAAUACUGGUUAACUUGUAAAUCGUUACUCUGAUAUUGUGUACUGGAUAAAGCUCUGUGCUACACCUGCUUCUGUGUUGCCUCACACCGUGUGUGACUUUUGUUUCUUCUGUUAAGCAGCACUUACAUACACAGUGCAUUUCCAGAUGUGUUGAGCACGCAGAGUGUAGUCAAUAGUCAGUUCUUUAAGUUUUAAUUUAUAGACUGCCAUGGCCUUAAGAAAAUUCUGUACAAAAUACUGCACUGUGUUGCACACACGCUAUUUGUUUUUCUACAUUCACAUUUUAAACGAGGAGAAUUUGUGCUUUCAAAGUUCUCUUCUUAUUCUUUGAGGCAUGUGGCAUACUUCCAAGAAGGGAUGGGUGGUUCUGUAAACAAAGGGACAAACUUGCUACUGUAGUUGGACAUCAUUAAUGGUCACUGUGAACCAUUUCAAUAUGACAACUUGCUUGUGCCUAAAAGGAGGAAUUGGAACUAGAAUGUGUGACUCCACGGGAACUGCGUAGGUUUGUUAAUGGACCUAUAGCUAACCCUUAACCUGUUUGUGUGUCUGUUCAUUGCUUUUAGCAUUUCAAGACAUCGAAAGACUACUACCAACAUUUUCCUGUGCGUAACCUCUGCAUGUGAAAACUUAACAGUUACCGAACUUUGUAAAUACAGAAUUUUUUUAUUUAGGUGGAUGCAUUUUUCGUCUGUUUACUCCUCUUCUCAGCUUUAUUCAAUAAAUUUGCAUUUUGAGGGUUGUAUUGGCAAUUUCACCAUAAAAUGUGCAUCAUGAUGAAAGGUGCGUUUUGGAAGGAGGCGGAAAGAAAAUGACCAUCAAGAGGGUCCACGGACCAUGUGCUAGAAAGAAAUCAACUCAGCCCUCAAAAAGUUGGGUCUGUGGGCUAGUUAAAAUAGAAAUAAACUUUUAAAAUAUUCA